UGCACAGUAACAUCUCAGACACUGCUGAUGGAAUAUUUUUUUCAAGAAUUCUCUGGAUAUCAUGGAACGUUAAUUAAACCUUACUACUGGCUUUAUCACAAUCAAUAUUGUUUGAAGUGUCCUUAUCAUAUACGGACUGGGGAAGAAUCCAGAGUAACAUAUGGAGAGUUCUAUGAAGCUUUUGGAUUCCCAUAUGGACCCACAAUGCCUGAAAAUAAGCAGCUGAUAUUUUAUGAAGUUAAGGCUUUUUCCGGGGAGGUCUUACAAAAAGGUCAAGUUACAAACUGCGUCAGUUCUAACAUUCAUGCAGAAUCCAUGUUGUUCGAGGAGCACGGUUAUGUAGACUCCUUUAUCUACCACCAUGAGUCUGUUGGUUACAUAACACUGUACGCAAACUACACACCGUGCAAUGAAUAUGCUCAUUGCUGUACCAGCAAAAUGCAUGAUUUUCUAAUCAAACACCCACAGAUACGCCUGGAUAUUUAUUUUUCUCAGUUAUAUCAUGUGAACGAGGACAAUUUUUCAUCUGUUUGGAAUCGUGAGGCUUUAAAGAGCCUUGCUGGCUUUUGGCCAAGAGUGACGUUAAACCCAAUAAGCAAUGGGAUUUGGCAAACCAUUCUGUAUAAUUUUGUGAAAGAAGCUCCAGCAACAUCCUUAUACCAACCUGUUCUUCCGAUCCGGGCAUCUACCGACAGUUACAAUGCACACAUGAUACAUGUCAUUACAGGGAUAAAACCUUAUUUUGUCGAUGUUCCACCUGAACCAAAACCUAAAAUAAUUAGCCGCCGCCAAGACAUCCCAAUGGGUAUGAUGAACUACAGUUCAAUUCCUCAGGCUCAACAUGGCAACUAUCAAUACUUGCCAUUCCUAACACCACGCAUGCCUUUUAUGCCUAUACCGGCUCCUGAAUUUCAUGCUCAGAAAGAUUUUGAAUCCAAACCCAAGCAUGUUGUUCGACAUCUAAAAAUGCCUACAGACAUAAAUGAGGGAAUUGAUUUAGGGAAUGUUUUACCAAAUGCAAGAAAGAUUAAUGAAGUUGUAAUCACAGAAAAAGUUGUAAAAGAAAAGGACAGAGAAAAAAAAGGUAACAGAAAGAAGAAAAAAAGAGAUCGAUCUUGACAACUUUAGAGAUAUAUUGAAGCAGUUUUAUAGAAGUGCUAAAGAAAAGUGGUGGAGAUUUCUAAACAUGGAUCAGUCACCAAAGAAACCAAUGGAAUGAUCCCGCUGACUUUAUUGGUUUAGAUGGAGUUUGCUAUACUUAAAGAUCUGCGCCAUUUAUCUGCUGGCGACUAUAUGAUAAACAUACCCCAUUAUUCUAGAGACAUCAGAAGAAGAUGUUUUACAGAAAUUCAUGGACUGU